CUCCCUUUCGGCGAGUUUCGUGCUUCCUGGCUGUUGUGCUUGUGAUGCGGGGAAAAAGCGGCUGCAACAUUGUAGGUUUUAUGUUGUUUUUUUUUGUGCCUAAUGUGGAGUUCAUGAGCUCAAAAUAAAAUCCGUACAGAAAGUGAAAGAAAUCCCUCGUUACUAGUCUGCCAGGAUUUAAUGUGCAUAGAUAUCUCUUGUUAUUACAAAAUACUCAACGUGCAAAGACAGAGGCAGCGAGACGCGGUGCGGAGAGGAGAGCCCCAGUUCUUGCUAUGAGAGUGACGGCGAAACUCCGGUAGCGACUCUGUGGGCAAUGAGAUGAGGCUCAGAAAUGGGACUGUGGCCACCGCGUUAGUGUUUGUCACCUCCUUCCUCAGCCUGUCCUGGUACACAGCCUGGCAAAAUGGAAAAGAAAAGCUUGUUGCCUAUCAGCAUGAGUUCCACGCCUUGAGGGAGCGUCUACGUGUAGCCGAGCAUCGAACUUUGCAGCGUUCCUCAGAAUUAAAUGGUGUCCUGGAGCAAUUCAAACGUAUAGUGGCUGCAUCAAAUGGCAGCAAAGAGGCCCUGAGCAAUUUUUCAGAUGACGCCAAAAAGUUGUUGAAAGAUCUGACCAACAAAAAUGCCCUACAAGUGCCAAAUAUCUUUCAUCACAUGCCCCACCUACUUGACAGCGAGGAAAGCCUUCAGCCUGCUGUGCAGGUUGGCCUUGGCAGAACUGGUGUGUCCUUAGUUUUGGGGAUUCCCACCGUGAAGAGGAAAGUGAAGUCCUAUCUUGCAGAAACACUUCACUCGUUAUUGGAUAAGUUAUCUUCUGAAGAGAAGCUCGAUUGCGUUAUCGUGGUCUUUAUAGGAGAGACUGAUCUUGAUCAUGUUCAUAGUGUCCUGGAUAGCCUGGAGAAAGAGUUUUCCACAGAAAUCAGUUCAGGGUUAAUAGAAGUCAUAUCACCUCCUAUCGCUUACUAUCCGGACUUGACAAACCUGAAGGAAACCUUUGGAGAUUCAAAAGAGCGAGUCAGAUGGCGAACAAAACAGAAUUUGGAUUAUUGCUUCCUUAUGAUGUAUGCCCAAAAAAAGGGGAUUUAUUAUGUUCAGCUUGAAGAUGACAUAGUUGCCAAAGAUCAUUACUUUAGCACCAUGAAAAAUUUUGCACUUCAGCUUUCUUCUGAAGACUGGAUGGUUCUAGAAUUCUCACAGUUGGGAUUUAUAGGUAAAAUGUUUCAGUCUCCUGAUUUGAACCUUAUCGUGGAGUUCAUACUGAUGUUCCACAAGGAGAAACCAAUUGACUGGCUGUUAGACCAUAUUUUGUGGGUGAAGGUCUGCAACCCUGAAAAAGAUGCAAAACACUGCGAGCGUCAAAAAUCUAACAUCAGGAUUCGAUUCAGACCAUCUCUUUUCCAGCAUGUUGGUUUGCAUUCAUCGCUGGCAGGCAAAAUUCAGAAACUGACAGAUAAAGAUUUUAUGAAGCCUUUACUUCACAAAAUGCACGUCAAUCCUCCUGCAGAGGUCUCAACCUCACUAAAAGUUUACCAAGGCCAUUCAUUGGAUAAAGCAUACCUGGGAGAGGACUUCUUCUGGGGCAUUACUCCUCUUGCCGGUGACUAUAUACUUGUCAAAUUUGACAAACCAUUGAAUAUAGAUAGAUACUUAUUUCAUACUGGGAACACAGAACAUCCUGGGGACUUGCUGUUGAAUACAAGUGUUGAGGUUUUGCCUUACAAGACAAACCAUAACCAAUUGGAAAGGUCAUGGACAGGCGGAGACCCACCCAACCUGCUGCUGCUGACCAGGUUCGAGCAGGAUGCCCUUGAGCUGGAGAGCCAGCACGCUCUACGUGCAACCAGGCUGGGAGAGGCGGGAGUUCAGAUGAAGGAUUCAGGAUCCGAAUUGCUUCAGGAGACCAAAGAAUCAAGAUAUAAGCGCACUGAAGAUGGAUUUUUCAGAAUAGGUAGAUUUGCGAAUGGAGUAGCUGAAGGUGCUAUUGACCUGAGAUUGAAUCCUAUCACUGCCAUUAGGCUGUCAGUUUUACAAGACUCCAAUGUGUGGGCUCUUCUUGACGAGAUCCAACUUAAAAAAGCUGCCAAUUAAUCAGUAUUUAAAGGAGAUUGAGAAGGAAUCUUGUUUUAUAAAGAAAAAGGUCUCACUGCAAUUUAAGAUCUUAAUAAAUACUCUUUAAUAAAGAAGUGUUGAUACUGAUCGCAGAACUCGUGGAUAUAUCGCCUCAUCGUCUGAUCACCGUGGAUGUUCAUUGUUCCCAAGCACUACCUCCUGUGAAAUCUACUGUAAUUUUCUAUGUAACAAUCCUAAUUUUGAAGAAUUAUCAGCUGAAUCUUUUUGGUAAUCGGAAGCUAAUAGACUUCUUCUCUUCAUGAGUUUGGCUAAGGUGUAAAUGUAUUUUUUUGUUACCCAUCUUACCAGUAAAACGUUCCUAAAUGUUGAGUAAAAAUAAGCAAACAAGUGAGACUACUUCUGUAUAAAGAGGUUAAACAUGUUACAAAUUUUGAACAUAACUUGUGUAUCAGGGACAGACACUGUACAAACAGGCGAGAGAGGAUUGGUUAAGGAGAGAAAGUAACCUUUUAAUUUAUUGUAAAUAUGCACUGCACAGAUGUGUGUCAUGUUUUGAGGCAUUCCAGGUAGAUGUUUGAUCAAAAAUAUUGUAUUUAAUUUCUAGACAAUUAUGUUGACUUCUGAAGAAGCGCUUCAUUUUUAUGAAGGAAAGAAAUUGCCUUUUCAAAGCCUUGACUUGUGAAUGUUGAAAUUUGCCAAUUUUCUUGAGAUGCGGCUGCAUCACAUUAGGUUCCAGCUGCAUUGAGGCACGUAAGGACUUAUGUGCCUUAAGUAUCAUGUUACUACAGCUGGCUAAUAUUGGUAAUAUUGAGCUGAUAGCAGGCAACAAUUCUUCUCUACAUUUUUUAACAAGUUAUUCACGAACAAGGAGGCCAAGAAGGAGUGAAAAUCUCUCUUACUACUUAUCUUGUUUAUGGGUAAAUAUUCUUGAUAAGCUCCUAAAAGCAUUUUUAGAAAAGUAAUAUAUCACUUAUAUAAUACUGAAAUGCAGCAUCCACAAGGCAAAAAAAAAACCUAUAGGUAUCAGCUUUGUCUCAUCUCUAUUUAAAAGGAACCUUACACUGUCAAUAAAAUGCUGCAAGUUUUUUUCUAGUAAUGUGGAUCAUUUUUCUUAGCAAAAACACACUUUUGAAUAUUUUAUUUUUGAAACCAUGAGCUGGAUGAACUGGAUACAGGGUUAACAUGCUGUUUUUCCAUGUGUACUAUAUCAAAUCUAUAAAUGCUGAUAGUUGACAACUUUGUCCAAAAUAUUUGCUUAACUGUAACCUGUCAGAUAUAUGAGCUGUUCAAUAAAACCCUCCCAAUUUUCCGCUGGAAAGCUUCUUCAGCUGGUAUAGGCAGGCAAUCUGCAUUUAACUAGACAACUAUGAUCAUGUGCAAUCAUACAUUAAACUGGUGGUCUAGUUUUAAUAAUGUUUUGAAUUGUAGUUAUUGGAAGAUGGGUUCCUCUGUUGGAGGAGGAUAUAAAUCAUGAUGGUAACUGUGUAGAAUAGCCAAAGUUCACAUUAAUAAGUGCAAUAUGAAAAAUGAAACACAGGAUGUAGAUGAGCGUUCAUGUUUUCAGUAAUCCUAUUUAUUUUUAAAAAUUCUAUUUAAAUUGGACAAUCAUAGUUUUUGAAGCCUGGAAAAAAAUAACCAUUGAAAAGCUUACGACAGACUUUAGUUCUGUCUUUCUAUCAACUACAUCAAAGUAAUUGGUAGCUUGUAUAUGUUGGAGAGGAGUAUAGAGAAAGAGGGAAAGAACACAUGGACAACCAGGAAAAAGUUACCUUCGUGAAGAGAUAUCAUAGUUGAAGUUGAUGCUUUGCUCCAAAAAGUGCAUUUUAGUCGUGCCAAUGUCACAAUCAUUAUCUUCGUAUCAUUCACUGUCAUAAAAUAAACUGCCUAAAUAUUGAGGGACUCUGAACUAAAAACCGGAAAUGCAGGCCAGUCAGCAUCUGUAAAAUAAAAAGACUGGUCAAUAAUUUGUGUGUAGAUCUGUCGUCAGACCCUCUUUCCUCAAGGGUCUCUAUGGACCAGGUAUAUUAGUUUUAUGGAAUAGUUAUUGAAUAAGUAAGAAAUGACUGGAAAAAAAAGAUUUUUUUACAAUUAUUUAUAAGAUGAAGCCAAUGCAUGAUCAAAUCAAUUUUGGUUUUAAAUCUUUUAAUAAAGCCAUUUUCAUCAGCAAAGUAGGAUAAAUGAUGGAAGUAACUCCCUUUUUAAAAGCAAAAGUUAGGCCAAUGCAUCUGGUCAAAUUGUGUGAUUCCUUUUUAAUCAAGUCACCAUAGAUUAAACCUUUCUGAAUGCAAAUCGGGAAUCAGAUUUUUCAAAAUAUAAGAUGCUGCGGAUCUAUUUUUGACACCUCGGCGUCCACCUCUCCCAGGCCCCCCUCCCCGCCCCUUCAUCCUGUGUAAGUUGUAUUUAUAUGAUUUCCCACUGUUGUUGCUGUGUGCUGGCCAUUUGUCCAGGGGCUAGAUCAGAACAAAUGCAAGAAAAGAAUUUUAUAAACUAGCCGUGGUCUUUGCUUAUCUUUGUUGCGAUUUCUUUUUGCAAAGUAAUUAAAAGUCAAUCAAAGAUGGAAAAAAUACCUCUGGUGCAUUUCUUUUAAGGCUUAACGCUGGCCCAUGUUUUCUUAAAUCUGCAAAUCGCAGCCUCCACAACUUGCUGGGUAGUUUGACAGCAUGAAAUCAGUGGGGGCACAUCAACAUUAAUUCAUUGGAUGUGGAACACCUUGGAAUAUCCUCAGGAUGGAUAAUGCAUUUCAUAUCUCCAUGUACAUUACAAAUGCGCUUCUGUUACUGCUGGGAAUUAUAACAUUAACCUGUACUCAUUGUUCACAAAACUGUAUCAAAUUCUGUAACAGGAUGUUUUAAUUUUGAUACAGUGCAGUAACUUUGUUUGAAGGGCUGGGGCUUGAUUUUUAAUCGUUGCAUUUAAAAUUAGAAAAACAAAGUUGAAACUUUGCUAGGUGUGAGCUAUUUGAGGUGAUUUACUGCCAAAUCCCUAUUUGCACAGUGAUUUGCUUUUUUAAAAAAAAUCUUGGUAAACCAGCAUGUUAAGAUCAGCUAUUGUCUAGUAAAUAGGAACUGACCUAAAUCAAAUAGGGCUCAUCUGUAACACUUUUUUAAAAAAAUGAAAUAUAGAUUUAUUGUGACUCUGGUAUUAUCCCUUUUACAUAAUGUGCCACAGAUAAGUCUCUUCUUGAAAUACAAUGCUUUUGCUUAUUUUUAUUGAUAUGUUUAUGUUCUGUAUUUGUAACAAUGCUACAAUGCACCUGCUUCUGUUCAUGUCAAUGUGCCUUUCAUCAAUGGUCUGCAUUAUUUUCAUAAGUGUGCCAUAACUUUGCAAUGAACAUAGUUGUAAUAAAAUUGAACUUGUUAUACUUUACAUUGUAAUUAUGUGUAGAAUGUUCUGUAUAAUUGGCUCCUUUAACUUCUGUCCAUUGUGUAAUAAAUUGCUACAUUUUGAUGUCAGCUUUGGCAUUAAA